AUCAAGUCUUCGGUCUUGAAUUUCCACAACGAAUCCGGAAAUAUAUUCACUCAUCUCAUCGGUUCCCUACUGUUCGCGUUCUUGUGGUACCGGUCCAUGAGUGGCAAUAUCUACCAGAACUUCGGUCUCAUCGAUAAACUAAUAUUCGGUGCCUUCUUCUUCGGGAUCAUCAUCUGUCUGUUGAUAUCGACUCUAUUCCACACAUUCCGGUGCCAUUCCCGACGAGUGCUCAAACUGUUCGCUAAGCUGGACUACUGUGGCAUAACACUGCUGAUUGCGGCCUCAUUCGUGCCCUGGAUCUACUACGGCUUCUACUACCUGCCCACUCAGCGCAACCUCUACCUGUCCUCGACGGUACUCUUAUGUAUGGCCUGUUUCGUGAUAUCGCUGUUCGAGAAAUUCAGUGAACCCGAGCUCCGGAAGAUCCGUUCGUGCAUUUUCCUACUGAAUGGCUGUUCGGCGGCACAGUUAGCGUUCAAAUCGAUACUAAUGUUAAUACUGAUGGGAACUCUGUAUAUAAUCGGCGCCCUGUGCUACAUGUAUAAAAUACCGGAGUGUCUGUGCCCGGGCCGGUUCGACCUGUGGUUCAACUCGCACCAGAUAUUCCACACGCUGGUGAUCGUGGCCGGGCUCACCUACUUUCACAGCAUUCUGCCCGACUGGUACGGUCACAAUGAUUUCAUCACUAAUGGCUAUCGACCGGUCAAUAAAUCCUACAAACAAUGUCUCAAAUCGAUGUUUUACUUACACAAUGAAAGCGGCAAUAUAUACACACACGCCGUGGGAUUCCUGCUAUUCUGCACACUAUUCAUACACACCAUGAGUUGUAAUGAAUACAAGAAUUUCGAGGCUAACGAUAAGUUCAUGUUUAGCUUAUUCUUUACGGCAACCCUUACAUGUCAGGCCAUGUCCGCAAUGUUUCACACAUUCCAGUGUCACUCGAGAGAAACGUUCAAAUUGUUUGCUAAACUCGAUUACUGUGGCAUAACUUUAUUGAUUACCUCAUCAAACAUACCGUGGGUUUACUAUGGCUUCUAUGACACAGUACUGCCAAAGAUUAUCUACAUUAGCCUUACGCUAGUGUUAGGCACCGGCGGUAUAAUCAUCUCAUUAAUGGACAGAUUCUCAAACCCCGAAUACAUUGUCAUUAGAGGCGCGGUAUUCAUACUAAUAGGACUGUGCGGCAUCGCUCCGUUCAUACACUUUUGCCGUCACAUACAAAUCAAUGAUCCCAUACCCGCACAGUUAGCUUUUAAAGGGAUCUUCCUAUUGCCAAUAAUGGGAGCAUUAUAUAUCACGGGAGCGGUUCUCUAUAUGAUUAAAAUACCCGAGAGAUUAGCACCGGGAUUAUUUAAUAUAUGGUUUCAAUCGCACCAAUUGUUUCAUAUCGCGAGUGUAGGCGCGGGACUUGUAUACUACCACAGCCUGUCAUUAAUAGCCGAAGUGAGACUCAAUUACUCGGAAUCGACCGCUAAUUCAAUUAAAGUCUAA